AUGCUCGGAAUUCUUAUUCUAGCGGUAUUUUUAAAUGCGGCUGAUAUAACAUUAUCAAUGAAAACAUGCAGUGACUGUAUGGCUUACACGUCAUGUGAAGAGGCAAAACAAUUAGCAUUUUACCACAAAAGUCCGAAAACUGCGACGAUGUUCCUAGAAGCAUUUUGUGGUGUAGAAUACAUUCAAUUAGAAAGAGUAACUAAGGUGUGUUGCUCUCAUUUUACCUUAUCAGGUAUAGACGACAGAAGUGGAAUGUCCGGUUCCCAGAAUGAGAAGCAAGUCGAUAAUCCACAAUUAAAGUUACUACCAGCUUCCUGCGGUGACAUCGAUGGUACCCGUAUCAUUCGUGGUGAUGUGGCUGGCCUGUACGAGUUCCCCUGGAUGGCUCUGAUCUCUUAUAAACGACGUGAUGGACAAUACUUUAUGUGUGCUGGAAGCAUAAUUAAUUCAAGAUAUAUUCUCACUGCUGCACAUUGCGCGGCCAAAAAGAACAUAAAUGGGGUCCGGGUUGGUGAUCAUGACAUUAGUACCAAGGAGGACUGUCAAGGUGUAAAGCCAAGGUUUUGCGAGAGUCAUGUUGAAGAUUUGGGUAUUGAAAAAAUAAUUAUACAUGAAAAAUGGAAUAAUUUAUCAAGUAGUCAUGAUAUUGCUUUGCUAAGGUUGGAGAGGAAUAUAGAUUUAAAUCACAAGAACAUUCUCCCUAUUUGUUUACCCGUAACUGAUGAACUACGGUACAAGAAUUUGGACAAUGUGAAUGCUGUUGUAGCAGGAUGGGGUGUCACAGAGACUGGUCAAGAUUCUACCCUGCUAUAUAAAGCCAAUUUUGAGAUUAAAACUAUGGAUAAAUGUCGUAGUGUUUAUGAUUGGGAUCCAAAACAAGGCGUCGAUAAACUAGAAGGGCAGAUUUGUGCUGGUGCUCCCCACAAAGAUACCUGUAGGGGUGACUCUGGGGGUCCACUGCUAGUAGAAAGCGUGUAUAACGGUAUUGACAGGAUAGUGCAGUACGGCGUAAUCUCCACUGGCUCGAAGAUCUGCGGCAUUGACGUCCCCACAAAAUUCACUGAUGUGAGAAAUUACGUAGACUGGAUAUUGGAAAAUAUAAGAGAAUAAAUGAAUAUUUGCUCAGUUUAACUUGGAUAUGUAAAUUAUUAAAAGGUUGAAAUUAGACGUCUAUUAUUUUUUAUUGAUAAAAUGUUAAUAGUCAAUUACAGUAAAUUUUUGAGUAUUGAAUGGACUUAUAAUAUGUUAUACGUUCUACGAUUUUAAACACAUUUUUUUUCUGUCUGUAAUAAUAUUUUUAACUCUGGGAUGGGAAUUGGGACCAUAUAGAUCGUCUAGUUGCAUCACUUUAUUCACGUUGUAUUGUAGCAGUAUUAUUUCCACACCGGAAAUAAUACUGCUACAAUAAUAAAAAUAAAACAUACUGUAGCAGUAUUAUUUCCGGUGUGGAAAUAAUAUCUACUGCUACAAUACAUCAUAGUAUAGGGGCGUAUCGUUAUACUGCUUUUGGAAAACAAUUCUUAAUAAUCAGUAAAAAAUGUUAUGACUUAUUUGAUAUCCAUUGUCCGAACGUCCCAGGAGAUAAAACAUACAAAAACGUAAAAAAAUCUUUUUGAAAACAAAAUAAAUCUAAUUCAUAAGUAUACUUCAAAAAAGAUAAAAAUAGAAAAAAACACGCUAACCAGUAAGGACAAAAGUAAACGUAAAAGCUAUCGAUGAUCUUUAAGAGAUAAGAGACGACGAUGCAAUUUGUCUGGAACGCACAAAAUCGUAUCAAUCAUACAUUAAAUAUAAAGAUAAAAUUUAAAAUUCCAAUUUUUCUUGUAAACCUAUCAAGUUAUGGACUCAUUGUAAAUGUGCAAAAUUCAAUUUGCUGUUGCAUUAAUUUAAGAAGAAUCAGUCUUCUAAAUUAGAAUGACCAAUUUAGAAGACUGAUUUCAGUUUCAGUAAAGAAAAUGUUUGUUUUUGUAAAUAAUAAGGUAUACCUACUUAAUAAUUCUUGUAUUUUACUUCAUUAUAAUUAAAAAAAUACCUUUAGUUACCGAGAAUGGACAAUCAAUUAUGAUUUUUUUUUUAAAUGAAAUAAAAAGUUUAUUUAU